GCCAAUUGUAGUUUGACACGUCAACCAAACCAUUUCAAAAACGGCCACCUUGCUUUAAUUGAAUGGAAGUCCACCAAUCCUUACCGUGUCCGUACCCACACAGAAUAAAAAUCACCUCGCACGUGUAAGAACACAAAACUCAAAUCACGGUUUACUGUGUGCGUGUUGUUCUCUUCUCAUUUGAAAUCUUUUUUACUUCAAUUUCAGCGCAAACCUCGGAGAUUACAGAAUCGGAAAAAACCUCUGAUUUUGUUUUCGCGAAUUAUCGAAAAUGGAAAACGCAGAGCAGAGCAAUUACAGUAAGAGAACCCACCGGAGAAACAGCAACGGUCACAUAUCAAUGUCGGAUUCCGACUCCACCGCCAGUCAGCCCGAUUCCUGGCACUCCCCUCUUCGAUCGGAGUCUCCCCUCCGCUCCGAUGAAGCUAAUUACCGCCCCGAAGAGGAUGAUUCCGGCGAGAAGAAUUCUCUCUCGAUUGUUUUGGUUGAUAAUAAGCCCUCCUCUCCCGGAAAAUCGAAUAUUCCGGCGAGUCCCCCGGCUGCCGGAAUUAACGGGCGGCGGAAAUCGCUUCAUCCGGAGAAGCCCACUUCGGAGAAUCCUGAUUUGCCGGCGAAUCCUCCGCGAAAUGAGGGAAAGGACGGCCGGAGGCCGUAUAUUCCUGCCGCGAAACCUGCGACGGAGAAUCUUGAUAUGGAGACUUCUCCGGCGGUUGUGGGAGUUAAUAAAAUGGUGAGGGAGGAGCCGCCUCCGGGGGUGAAGAAAUUGGGCCGGCCAGUUGGUGGUGGUGGUGGUGGUGGGGGUUUGGAAGAGGGGUAUGGAGGCGGCGGCGGCGGCGGUGGCGGGGAGGAUGAGGUGGGUGGAGAGAGGCGGUCGAGGGCGGCGGUGGCGUCGAUCUUGAAAAGGUCAGGGAGGAACGUGGCGGUGAGGAAGUUGGCUUUGGGGUUUAGAGUGUUUGAGAUGAUUGCUUGUUUGGUUUCGUUUUCGGUUAUGGCCGCCGAUCGAACUCAAGGUUGGAGCGGCGAUUCUUUCGAUCGAUAUGUGGAGUACAGAUAUUGUGUGGCCGUAAAUGUUAUAGGAUUCGCGUAUUCUGGUUUUCAAGCGUUCGAUCUUGGAUACCAUUUAGGCACGGGGAAGCGUGUAAUCUCUCACCAUCUGCAUUACCAUUUCGAUUUCGCAAUGGAUCAGAUUUUGGCGUACAUUCUGAUGUCAGCAUCAUCAUCGGCAGCAACGAGAGUUGAUGACUGGAUUUCAAAUUGGGGAGGAGACGAAUUUACGUUAAUGGCCACUGCAUCAAUUAGUAUGUCUUUUCUAGCUUUCAUUGCCUUUGCCUUGAGCUCCCUUAUAUCUGGUUACAAUCUCUGUAAUCGAGAUUCGACUUGACACCUCAUUCGAUCUGUAUUUAUCUAUCUAUCUAUAUAUAUAUAAACAUAUUUGGAGAAUUAAUGCAAGAAUAAUAUGUAUACGAAUUCGGAAGGUAUACGUACGUACACACAUAGUGAUAGGUGAGUAUAUAUAGUGGUUGUUUUUUUAACUUUUGUAGAAUUGAAGCUGAGUUUGUAAAUGAACUGUUCAUGUAAUAAAUAAAUUUGCUGUGGAAUUUGCCCUAUUUUU